ACCAUGGCGAGCCAUAUUGCAUUCUUGACUCUUGCAUUUCUUUCUUCUUUUGCCAACUCAAUCCCUGUAGCCUCUCAGGGCUCGACUAUCGAUGUGCGCAGCGACGUACAAACAGAAUCCAGGUUCAGCUACCCUCUAGACAAGCGACAACAGAAACUUUUUCCGCUGCGGGUUCUUCCUCUCGGUGCAUCAAUUACAUAUGGUACCGCAAGCUCGGACGGCAAUGGCUAUCGAAAAGCUCUCCGUGAUCAGCUCCGCUUUAGUGGCUGGGAGGUCAACAUGGUCGGCAACCAACAAGGCGGCCGCAUGACCGACAAUGACAAUUCCGGUUACCCGGGUUUCCGCGUUGACGAGAUAUUAACAAAAGCGGAGCAAGUUGUCGGCAGGCAACCCAAUGUGAUUACCAUCAACGCUGGUACCAACGAUGCGGUUCAGAACAAGACUGGAUUGCCCGUUGAGGAAGUAGGAAAGCGUAUGGACCAGAUGCUCGACCUCCUUUACGAGAAAAUUCCAGGUGUAACCAUCCUCUUUUCAACUCUGCUCACGAACAAGGGAGCCACCACCGACAGCCGUGUCAAGAACAUUGUCAACCCACAAUAUCGAGCCCUCGUCGAGCGCCGCCGCAAGCAAAACCAGCGCAUUGUCCUCGCCGAGAUGUACGAAUCCGACACCCCCUGGCUCUCUAAGAACGAGCUCUCCGACGGCACCCACCCCACCGACGCCGGCUACAAGAAAAUGGCUGCCAUCUGGUGGGCCGCCUUCCAGGAAGCCGACAAAGCAGGCAUGCUUCAACCCCCCAACAAAGCCACCCUCCUCCAGCGCUGCGAACAACCCGCCAAGAUUGAGGGCAGCAAAAUUCAACUCCCAGCCAACUUCUACGGCCCUGUCGAACCCCUCCAAUUCGCUGAAGCCGCAAAGAACGACGCCCAGGAAGCACUGUGGAGAAAAGACAACGACGGCUACUACGUGUACAAGUGGAUCAACAACGAGUUCGUAGACGGCGCGCGCAUGGAUAUCAAGUCCAACUGCUGGGCUAAAGAUGUCCGCUGGCUCGACGUUAACGGUGACGGUCUCGUCGAUUUCAUCUGUCUCGACAAAAACCGCGCCCUCGAUAUCCAAAUCAACAAGGGCAACUACCCCCCGACCUUCGAAAACGUCGGAAAAUGCACUGUCCCGCAUAUUGGUGACGACGGCGCUGUUGCGGAUCCUUUGUUGCCCAAGAAACCGUAG